AUGGAUCACUGUCAGAUACACAUGUCUCAUGUUGUUCUAUCAAAGAUUAAAACUGCUUCGACCGGAUGGUCCAUCUAUAUAGUUGUCUUUCUUUUGUUCUUCCUUUUAAUAUCCAUUUUUUUUUCUUUUUCUUUUUCUUACUUUACUUUUUUACAUUCUUUCGUCAUCUGUCUUUCUUUCUUUUUCUACUUUUUGUUCUUUCUUUUACUUUCUUUGUUUCUCCUACUUUUUUCUCUUUCUUUAUUAUCUUUUCUUUCAUUUUUAUUCCAUCUUUCUCGUCAUACUUUUCUUUUCUUCGAUCUUUUCUUACUUUCAUUUUCUUCUUUUCACUUUCUUUUUCGUUUUAUCUGUUUUACUUAUCUUCUUUCUUUCUUUCUUUCAAAACUUUUUCUUACUUUCUUUCUUUCUUUUUUCUUUCUUUCUUUGAUUUUUUUUUCUUUUUAUGAAGUUGUCUUUCUAUCUUUUGUGCUUCCUUUUUAUAUGCUUUUUCUUUCCUUUUCUUUUUACUUUCUUUCGUUAAGCUUUCUUAUUUUUUUUACCUUUUUUGUUCUUUCGUCUUUCUUUUACUUUCUUUGUUUCAAUAGCUUUUUCUCUCUUCUUGUCCCCCCUUCUUUUUUGUCAUUGUUUUACUUUCUUUCUUUCUUUCUUUCUUUCUUUCUUUCUUUCUUUCUUUCAAAAGUGAUUUAA